AUGCCUAUAUUUCCGAAAACUUUUGGGCGACGCAAGUCAACAGCCAAUGCUUUAGAAAAUCCCGAACCUCCUAUCGAAUCUUCCUUCAAAGUUUUUGAGCGUCCUCAACCUCCGAGACAUAAAUCUGGUCCGUCUUUUGAUGGUGGAGUGAAAUUUGCUAGAACAACAGGUACAGCUGAUUCGCAUAAGGAGGAUAAUCUCUUUGAGGGCAUGAAAGUCAAUACUGUCAAUCGUGGCAGUGGAGCUUCGAAUACGAACACCGCAUCAACUGCAGAUAAUUCUUCACGCUUAAGUGCAGCAUCUACAGCCCCUUCAUCGAUGGAGACACCUGGCCACGAAGAAUGGAGAACACCUCAUGAUAGACAUCACGGCGAUCUUCCCCUUCCACCGCUACCAAAAACUUCGUCAGGGUUUUCUCUGAAGAAUGCUGGAAGGUCUCUCUCAUGGGGCAGAAAUAAAACCACACCUUCUCCAUCCAAACCAUCAGACGAUCUGCCACCACCUUCUCCAACCAUCCGCGACGAUAGUGCUUCGAGUCGAACGCGCGCUGUGACUGCAUCCAGCUACGCAAGCACUGCUACACCACCAAAACUUGGGGAAAGAGAUUUGGAUCUGACAAUGGGAGACGACUUUGGGGACAUGUUUGCCGGAAUGGCGCACCGUAGAAGUGCCGUUUUGGAUUCACCUGGCAUCAGAGGAAUAUCCAAGAGUCCUGAAAUACUGCCACCCGAGCCAGCACUGAAGUCAUACUCUACUAAUCGUGCUAAUCAGCCUUCACCUCUUUUUCUUGACAAACGCAAACUGGUCGAAGAGCCACCAUAUUCAUGGGGCUCAAAUGAUGGACUUCUGAAAAAUACUAGUCCGCCUCCAGUGAUAACUCGUCACAUGGCACAGCCGUCUCAUCAGCCUCCUCCUGUACCAAGGCAUGGGCCGCUACAUCAGACUGAUGGUAAUCAAGCCACCCCAAGACCACGGUCAAGUGCACCCCGCCCUGACUCCGCACUAAAGAGAAGUAGUGCACUUUCCGUGCGCCGCCAAUCCACAUUGGAACUCGACGGUGUCGACGAGGACGCUGCGCUCCUACGCGAAUCUGUCAAUGCGAGCCGACAUCUGGGCGAGACACCAAGUAACCCUCAAGCCCGUAAAAGCUGGGCGCUUCCUUCACAAGCUGCAUACAACGCCAAAGCGACUGCCAAGACACAGCUUCUCGAGCCAGAGGAAGAUGAGGAUCUUUUCGAAUCUGCGGGCUUAGCUCAACAAUUCGAGGAAAGGCCGGCAUCUCCACCUCCUAUAAUACAAGCUCCAGUGAAUAAGGUCAUGACACCAGCUCAAUUUGAACGAUACAGACAAGAUCAAGAGCGCUUAAGAAGUGUUGGAGGGCGUCCGAAAGAUGAAGAAGCCGAGGAGGAAGAUGAAGAAACUUAUGAGGACGACGAGGACGAAGCAGAGAAGACUAAAAAUGCUGCAAAGCAACGACGGAAGCAGGAGGCUCACAUGUCAGUAUACAGGCAGCAGAUGAUGAAAGUUACUGGAGAUUCGACCCCUUCGCCAGGAGCAUCCCGACCUUCAAUGUAUAGCAGUCAAAGUACACCCAACUUGGUGCUUGAUGGUGCGACGGAGGACGGUGAAGAGGAGGAUGAAGAAGUUCCGUUGGCCAUUCUUGCCGCUCAUGGAUUCCCCAACAAGAAUAAACUACCUACAAGCAGAUUGACUAGCAUGGGAUCAAACCCGAAUCUUCGCGGUGCAGCUCAAGCUGUCCCGGGCAUUGGUGGACCCUUACCUGUGUUUGCUCGCAAUUUACCACAAGACCCCUAUGUUGGAGCGGGCCUCGUUUAUCCAGCUAAUAGAGAGUCAUUGGCUUUUGGAAAUGGUGGCUCAGGGUCUGUCAAUGGCACUUCGACUAGAGGUGCUACUCCAGGAGGUCUCGUAGGUGUUAUUGCCACAGAAGAAAGGUCUCGAGCCAUGCGAAGAGGUAGUCCAAACCCAGGAUAUGGUCAGAUGCCUCCUGGCGGCUUCACUGGCAUGGUCCCUCCAACAAUUAUGGGACAGAUUCCAAUGGGUGGGGGUGCUCUGGGAAUGGGCCAAAUGGGGUCUAUGGGUGCAAUGCCCCAACCAAUGCUCACCCCUGGUGACCAAGCUUCGAUCCGUAUGACGGAACAGAUGCAAUCAUUCAUGCAGAUGCAAAUGCAAUUCAUGCAAAUGAUGGCAACAAAUCAAGGUGGACAAGGCACUCCACCCGUCAGUGGCGCUCCACAGCUGGGGCCAUUGGGUCAAUUGGGACCAAUGGGCCAUAUGUCUCAGCCAAACUUUGGGGAAAUGCAACGACCUUCAAGUCAGCAAUUACCCACUAGCAACUCGGGCCCAAAUCUGGGGCCAGAAAGUGCACAACGUACUAUGAGUAUGCUUGAGCCUAGUGGUAUGCCUUGGAUGCAGCAAUCAGGGCCAGGAUAUGCUACGUCGAUACAUGCUCAAGGCAAUGGUUAUACUCCAUCGAUAGCGCCCUCUGAACGAAGCAACGUUGGCUUACCUGGCCGAUAUAGACCAGUCUCGCAGAUUCCAAUAACCGAUGCCAAGUCAAGAACCUCGACCAUGUCUGGUGCACUUGGGGGUUGGGAAAGCAAGCAUGCCUCAACAACGAUGAAGACUGUCCAGAGAGUGAAUAAUGAUGAUGAAGAUGAUGAGGAAGGGUGGGCGGAAAUGAAAAAGAAAAGAGAGCAGAAGAGAUCUAUUUGGAAAUCAAAGAAGGAUACCAGCGGUCUCUCGGAAAUGCUUGGAUACACGCAAUAA